GUCCCAAUCGUCCAUGCCCAGAGCAUUCGCCUUGGCGACGCUGCUGACUUCCGCCAACUUUUCUAUGAGGGAUGCACAGGUUCUGAUGGCAAGACCUACAAUGCUGUAGUUAUUGGAGCAAAAGGAGAUCUAAAGUGGUUUACCAAAAUUGCCCUUCAGAGAUCCUAUGAAAAUCAGGGCCGUAUCGCGGCCUACGCUUGCUGUCAUGAAUGCAUGGCAGGGCAACCCGGGGUUCCAUGGGAGGAGCUAGCAAGUGACAGGCCAGCAUGGAGCUUAACAAGGUAUGCUCAGCGGCCCUGGACUGACAUACCAUGCACAGUGCAGAUCCCUUACUGCCCACAAAUCCCUGAGAAGCAAUUCAAAAGAGAUCCAUUUCACACGCUGAAACUUGGGGUAUAUCGUGACAUUGCUGGAAGUAUUUUGUGCUUCCUCGUGGCCAAAGGGUAUUUUGGAACAGUUGGGGACUUUGAUUCCAAACUGAAGAAUGCUCACAUGGGAUUCACCCUGUAUUGCAGGACUGUUGGUAAGUCCCCGGCAUUGAGGACAUUCUCCCGCCGGCUGUUUAUGCUACCUCGGCUGGACAAGUACCCUUGGUCCAAUACCAAGGGAAGUGAUACAAUGAUCCUGAUUGACUGGCUGACAGUCGCACUAGCAGGUUUUGAAAAUGUCCCCUUGGAUAAUUCUCACUUGCCAACCUUCCGUUUGAUGAAGGCUACUUGCAAAGCAGCUCGAAAAGUUUUUACUGACUUGAACGAGCAUGGAUUGUGGGCCAUGAGGCCAUGUUCAAUGGUCUUUUAUUCCAACAUGCAGGGGCUGAUCCGUGGCUACUGUGCCCUUGCCAGUGUCCUGUUGAAUGAUGAGUUCAAUGGUUUUGCAAUCAAACCGAAACUACAUUUACUACGACACACAACACUGGAAAUUGAUGAAGCGCUCCAACAAGGUGCUGGACUUGAGACGGAGCGCUUCGAAGCCCUGAGGAGCCAGGUCAAACGCCCUCUCUACGGCUGCGACUGUUACGCCUAUGGUCUUUGCGCUUCAGGCUUUGGAGCAGACCUGGUGGUGGAAGCAGAUUUGGGCAUCUAUGACUACAUGGCCCUAGUGCCCGUGGUCAUCAACGCUGGAGGAUGCAUGUCCGACUGGCAGGGACAGCCCUUGACCUUGCAAAGCCAUGAAGUGUCGAAAGGCCGUGUGGUGGCCGCUGCCACGCCUGAACUGUGGGAGGCUGCUGUGAAGGUGUUGAGCACCUCAGGAUCCAGAUGGAAGAGCUGCGCACCGUCGUGGCCUUCGGUGGUUUUAGGAGCCAUCCUUGGAGCUUCCUUGGCCUUGAUGGCAUCACGGAAGUAGCCAGUGCCUGGCCAGUACCGAUGAAUGGCACGCAGGGAUCUUUGGUUUUCGCAGUUGAAAGGGUGGCAGCUGAGUGGAGAGUUGGCACAGUUGCGGCCUGAUGUUCCAUCGAAAAACAUCG